AUGGAAGCCACAGCAAACAACCACCAGGGAAAUCAAAUGACCAUGACGGAGUUCAUCCUCUUGGGAUUCGAGACUCUCCCUCAAAUGCAGAUUCUUCUCUUCCUGCUGUUCCUAGUGAUCUACAUUGUGUCCAUGGCCGGGAACAUCCUCAUUGUUGCGCUAGUUGUGGCUAAUCAGCACCUCCACACCCCCAUGUACGUUUUCCUGGGGAACUUGUCCUGCUUGGAGACCUGCUACACCUCCACCAUCCUGCCCAGGAUGCUGGCCAGUCUCCUGACUGGGGACAGAACCAUUUCUGUCACUGGAUGUAUCACACAAUUAUAUUUCUUUGGUUCUCUGGCAGGCACUGAAUGUUGUCUCUUCUCAGUCAUGUCUUAUGAUCGGUAUUUAGCGAUAUGCAAACCUUUGCAUUAUGCAGCCCUUAUUAAUGGCAGGUUCUGUAUCAAGUUGGUGGUCGGGUCAUGGAUAGGUGGAUUUAUGUCUGCCGCCUUCUUAAUAUCUAUGAUGUCACAAUUAACAUUCUGUGGCCCCAAUGAAAUUGACCAUUUCUUUUGUGAUUUUAGCCCAGUAAUAAAACUCUCCUGCAGUGACACCCACACAUUGGACUUAGCUGCUUUCAUACAUUCCUCCAUAUCCACAUUGCCUCCAUUUCUGUUGACCCUGGCAUCCUAUGUUUGUAUCAUCUCCACCAUCCUGCGAAUCCCAUCCACCACCGGGAGGCAAAAGGCCUUUUCCACCCGCUCCUCCCACCUCAUCGUGGUGAUAAUUUUCUAUGGAACUCUCAUCAUGGUGUAUUUGGUCUCAGAGUCUGAUGCAAUGAGGGACCUGAACAAGGUGUUCUCUGUCUUCUAUGGAAUCCUGACCCCACUGGUCAACUCCCUCAUAUACAGCCUGAGAAACAAAGAGGUUAAGGAAACCUUAAGAAAAGCUGUCCUUAGAUUGUUUUUCUUUCACAGAAAUACAGAUAUUUUAAACUAA